UACUAUAUUCUAGCACUCUCCAUCGAAUAUAAAGAGAGUGUUACCGUAACGUCGUGCAGUCUCUUAGCGGCAUCAUUGACGUACACUACGUGAUUUCUUGUCUUAAGUUAGCGAUCCUAUAUGCUGUGAUUCUUUUAAGAGAAGUAACAUCGAUAAGUAUUUUUAAAAAUGUGGACCGUUGGAUCAUUAAUCAGUUUCCUUGGUCUUCUACAAAUAUUGCCGUAUUACGUAUCGGCUCAAGGUACACUGCCAUGUGUCAAUCCUUUGGGAGCCAAUGGUAUUUGCAUAAAUAUUAAACAGUGUCAACCGUUGCUACAAAUUUUGCAAGCACAGCGACCAGAAACGAUCGACUUUUUAAGAGCUUCCGUGUGUGGUUUCGAAGGUAAUGAUCCACGUGUUUGUUGUCCUAACAAUGAUAAUGACACUGAUAACAAAGAAGUUAAAAAUACAUCUUAUGGUCCUCUACAACCACCAAUUUGUGGUACCAGUCAUGGAGAACAUAAUAGAAUCGUUGGCGGUAUACCGGCAACAUUGGGCAGUUGGCCAUGGAUAACAGCUUUAGGUUAUCGCAAUAAAAAAAAUCAAGACAUACCACGAUUUCUUUGCGGUGGAACUUUAAUUUCUACUCGACAUGUUGUCACAGCCGGACAUUGUGUUUAUCAACGAAAUAAUUUAUUUAUGGCACGUCUCGGAGAAUUGGAUUUGAACAGUACCACAGAUGGUGCUGAUCCUAUUGACAUUUUAAUCGAAAAUAAAAUUCUACAUCCACAAUACAAUCCAACGAGUUACACUAACGAUAUUGCUAUUAUUAGAUUAGCAGAAGAUAUUCCAUUUUCACGAAAUAUUCAUCCCAUUUGUUUACCCGUUAUCGAGCCAUUAAUUAAUACCAAUUUUGAAAAUACCUUUCCUUUCAUUGCUGGAUGGGGAUCAGUUUAUUUCAAUGGCCCAACGAGUAGUCGUCUUUUAGAAUUACAAAUUCCUGUAGUGAAGCAAGAUAUAUGUAAAGAUUCAUUUAAAUCAUUCACGAAUGCGGUCAUAGACAAUCGUAUUAUAUGUGCUGGUUUUGCUAGAGGUGGAAAAGAUGCGUGCCAAGGUGACAGUGGUGGACCAUUGAUGUCUCCUUAUAAUAAAAGUUAUUACCUCAUUGGAGUUGUGUCUUAUGGAUAUCGAUGUGCAGAACCUGGCUACCCUGGAGUUUAUACGAAAGUUUCCUCCUUCCUUGAUUUCAUCAUAGAAAAUUUAAUAUAAUGAUGAUUAUAUUACAAUGACCUUUCAGAUCAUAUUGUACACAUAAUAAAUCUCAUUAUUCAAUUA